CCACUGUGCUCCAAACCGGCUAUCACGGCCUACUUGUGUGUUUGUGCGAGGCCACCGAACGCUUAGCGUGCGUGUACCGGCCAUUAUCAUACUGUAUUAGUAAGCUGUUGGAGCGGUCGCCACUUGCUGCGCUACUCGUCGUCUGUAUCUGGUGUGUCGAAUUUUAUGAAUUUCUCCAUCCUCAAAAUGGCCAACAUUGGACGUAUGCUUGCUUCGCGCGUUGCGGGUCAGCUGGUGCGCAAUGUAGCGUCCAACCAGCAGCAGCAACAGGCUAACCUGCUCCGAUUCUACAGCAGUGCUCCCAAGUCGUAUGAAUUCAUCAAAGCCGAACUUACGGGCGAGAAGAAGAAUGUGGCUCUGAUUACACUGAACCGGCCGAAAGCGCUGAACGCCCUGUGUAACGGAUUGGUUUCGGAAAUCAGCGAUGCAUUGGAUCGGUAUGAAGCGGAUGAUUCGAUCGGCGCGAUCGUCAUCACUGGCAGCGAGAAGGCAUUCGCCGCCGGUGCCGAUAUCAAGGAGAUGCAGCCGAACACGUACGCCAAGUGCAUCAACACCGACUUUCUGGCCAACUGGACCCGUGUGGCUAAGGCCCAGAAGCCCAUCAUUGCGGCCGUGAACGGGUAUGCGCUUGGCGGUGGCUGCGAACUGGCCAUGAUGUGCGACAUUAUUUACGCCGGUGAUAAGGCCCGUUUCGGACAGCCGGAAAUCGCUCUCGGUACGAUUCCCGGUGCCGGCGGUACCCAGCGCACCACCCGUGCCAUGGGCAAAUCGAAGGCGAUGGAGAUGUGCCUGACCGGUAACAUGAUUACGGCCGAGGAAGCGGAACGGUCCGGACUGGUUAGCAAGGUGUUCCCAGCCGACAAGCUGGUGGAGGAAGCGGUGAAGUUGGGUGAGAAGAUUUCCACCUUCUCGCCGCUGAUCGUGCGCCUGUGUAAGGAAGCGGUCAACGCAUCGUACGAAGUUUCGCUGAACGAGGGAUUGCGUUUCGAGCGUCGCCACUUCCAUGCCACGUUCUCGACGAAGGAUCGGCUGGAGGGUAUGACGGCAUUUGUCGAGAAGCGUGCACCGAAGUUUUCCAACGAGUAAGACACACAUGCAAUGCGGGAAAGCAGUUCCCCAGCAACCUUUCCAGACGGGUUAGCACACCCGGCCCAUUAACAACACCAGUUGCAUUUACUAUGAAUGAGGGUGGGUCAUUCCGCUUUUGGACAUAGCUUAUUUUUAUACACAGGUUUUCGUAAAGUGAAACAUUACGAGAGAUAACAAUAAACCGAAUAAAAUUCGCAUAGUAACACUGUU